GUGUGUGUGUGUGUGUGUGUGUGUGUGUGUGUGCUGGUUUAUGGCGGGGUAUCUGUGUGCCUCCUAGUGAUGGAGGGAAGGUGUGUGCGCUGGCUCACUGGUUUAUGGGGGGAGGGGAUGUGUGUCUGGGUAGUGGAUGGAAGGGGUGUGUGUGUGUGUGUGUGUGCUGGUUUAUGGGGGGGUAUCUGUGUGCCUCCUAGUGAUGGAUGGAAGGUGUGGGUGUGUGUUUAUGGCGCGGUGUGUGUGCGCAUCUGGGUGGUGGAAGGUGUGCGUGUGUGAGUGGGUAUGUGCGUGUCUCCUAGUGAUGGAUGGAAGGGGUGCGCACGCCAGUGUGUUGGUUGAUGGAGUCCUCUCCUGAGAUAUCCAGGGCUGGGGCGGGAGGGGAUGGAGAGAAAAAAAAUCUGCAAGGACAAUCACCCUAGUGCCUCUGGGAUUUUAAGUAAAUGAGUGCCCCCAGCGCAGGUCCUGAAUGUCCAGCUAAGCAGGGAGACCUUGGAGCCUGACUCAGCCCAGGCGAGGCAGCUCCUAGCAGCCUAGGUGAACCCAGGGAGAGGGUGGGGCUUGGAGACGCCUGAGGCGGGGGAGGCAGAAGGGCUCUCGUUCCUCCUUUAUCUGGGCUCCAGCAUUAGCCUCCUAGAAUCCACAGAAGCGGAGGGAGGUCCAGUGGGGAAGGUCUGACCUCGCUGAGUUCGGAGUAGGACGAACGGCUGCUGGACUCCUCGCCCCGCGGCAGCUGGUGCUCCUCAGCCCUUUCCGAGUGUGCCACCGCUGUCUCUGCAUCUGCAGCCGCUGCCUCCCCGCAGCGUGCCCACCUGCCACUCCAGCAGGUACCUUGCUCUGGCAACAUGAGCUGUGUUUAUAGGAGAUGGUGGUACCUACAGCUGAGCAGCAUACUAAUGAUGAACCUGGUCACUGCCAAUUUUGAAAUCCAAAAGCAAGCUCUUGCAAGCAUCAGUUCGGGGAACCUAGAAGAAAUUGAUCAUGAGUGCUGGGAGCUUUGCUCCAUGAUGUUGAUAGAAAUGAAAAAACUGAAGAUAGCCAAUACCGUUCCUGGAUUUUGGAACUUUAUGAUGUUCUUGCAGAAAUCCAACAGACCUCGUCAUUAUAAUAUCUUCAUCAACUUAGCCCAGGAUUUCUGGAGUAUGUAUGUAGACUGUGCGCUGUCAAGGGCUCAUGGAAUGGGAAGAAGACAGCUGACCAUCCCUCAGGGUUGGAUCUUACAACGCAUUGGUUCUAGGAGCAUGGGAGAGAAGACUAUUAAAACAUCAAACAGGAUGACGUCUGUGUGAGACAGCCUGCUUUCUACUGGGGAAAAUCUGAGCUGUCCUUGUCCUUGAUAUCUUUUCAAGAGGCCUCAUAUUUUCUGACAGUAUUGAUGUUUGAAAAAGUAUCCCAAAAACCAUGAUUUCGGCCCCCUUCUUUAAAAAUAGGCCAUGAUCCCCCCCCCCUUUAUAAAAUCUCUGUGUUGACUUAGCUCUUUGAAUUUGACCUCUGAGUUCACUCAGGUAACUUGUUAGCAUUGAGUCAGUUUCUUUAUUUUUGGCAUGGCCUUCCUUUAAAUAACACCCUUUUGUUGGAUUGGGAGCCCUAACUGCAAAUGGAAGUUGCUAUAGUUUUGUAUAUUCACCAAUGAAACAAAAUGGCAGCCGUCAUUCUAAAGUAUCAUGUUUGAAUAUUCAUUUAAAAGAUUAUUAAAAAGAAAUUAAAUUAAAACUCAAUUUAAUUUUUAAAGGAAUGUUUUAAGCUUCAUGUGUCAUAUAGUUACUGAAAUCUGUAUUGUAUCAACUGUUUAGUCUCAUUUAUUAAAAUACUUUUCUAUGCAAUGUA